AUGCUUUGUCGUUUGACAUUUUGUGUGAAUCUUGACGCCGUUUCAUGUCAGAAGGUUUCAAGUGAUCAUAAACUCUUUGAAACAUUUUCUGAAGAACUGUUGCGGUUCUUUCGCAUCAAACUCGAAAGUCAAAAGGCGAGAAAAUCACUGAAGAGAGCGAGCGACGAGUGUUCCAAAAGGAUUAGAUUGUAG